AUGUCCAAAUGGCGAAGACUUAAUAAUGAUCCAGAUGACGACGUUGAGAAGCGGGAUGAACGACCGUUAAAGCUCUUUGCUAUUUGCUGCUUUUGCGAAGCAUCAGGAAAUGAACCAGUGGUUGUCUUCACGGAUGAAAAAGGAUUCAUGGGGAAAGCUUCUAAUCCUGUGGUACGAUCGAGUGACUCGGUACCCUCAGAAAACAUCCCAUCUGUUCGUUCAGAUCCUAAGGUUUUGUCAGAAGCAGACAUUGACUUUCUGGAGGAGAUGGACGGAGACAUGCUCUUGGAGGCAGUGAAUAACGCCGAAAUUCUUCUGAAGCCACCAGCUUCUCAAGAAUUGCAAAAUCGUUGUAUUACGCCCGAGCAAGAUGCUCAGAAGCAAACUGACGAUUCUUUGGAUGACGCACCAAUGGAUGGGUAUGUAGAUGACAAGGAUGAUGACGAUGAUAACAGCUUUGACCAUGGAAUUUCUCAUGUGGGCAAAGUUCUUCACAUUCUCCUGGCGCUUGUCAAUCAGCGCAGUGCUGCUGCUGCUUCUCUCAUAGCAGAGUAUGCUAGGUUCGGCGAGUUUGUGACGGACUUAUUUUUCAAAGAACGAGGAAAAUCUGGUUUGAAAAAUCCUGUAACUAUGGCAUCAAGUUACAAGGAAGUGAUUGGUUUUCGUGAGUGUCCAACGUAUGAAAUCGGCGUAGCAGAGUAUGCU